CGAUUUAAUGGGCCCAACACCUCCAAUUGGGCGGCCUCCAUUAAUGGGACGGGGCGGGCCUUCUCAGUACGGUGGUCCUCCACCUGCAGCUGGCUUUUCGGGAAGAGGACCUGGAGUCGGUGGCGGAUCCGUUUCCGGCAUGCAUCAACCAGUCGGUAGAUUCGAUGUUGGCCGUGGCGGCGGUGGAAGGGGAUUUAGUAGUAGUAGAGGCCGUAGUUCAGAUAGAAGAGGCGGUGGGCGUGGUCGUGACAGUGGAGGGAAAGGCUUUGACUCGGGCCGCGGCGGUGGUAGAGGUGGUGGACCUCGUGGAAGAGGAGGUAGACAUGGUGGUGGUACUUAUCGAGAUGACUUGGAAAAUAUUUCUCCGAAGCAAGAUUUCGGAAAUUUAGUUCCUUUUGAGAAGAACUUCUAUGUUGAAAGCCCAUCUGUACGUGCGAUGACGGAAACGGAGGUUAUGAUGUAUCGUGCUAGGAGGGAGAUUACGAUUGAAGGUCAUGAUGUUCCUAAGCCUGUUCGGAUGUUUCACGAGGCGAAUUUUCCUGAUUACUGCCUAGAGGUCAUUGCUAAAUUAGGAUUUGUUGAGCCAACGGCCAUUCAGGCUCAGGGAUGGCCUAUGGCUUUGAAGGGUAGAGAUUUAAUUGGCAUUGCAGAGACUGGGUCGGGAAAAACUUUGUCAUAUCUGUUACCUGCUUUGGUUCAUGUUAGCGCUCAGCCAAGAUUGGUUCAAGGCGAAGGUCCUAUUGUGUUAGUAUUAGCACCUACUAGAGAAUUAGCUGUUCAAAUUCAGGAAGAAGCUCUGAAAUUUGGGUCACGGGCAAGCAUUAGAAGUACUUGCAUCUAUGGUGGUGCUCCUAAAGGGCCACAAAUCCGGGAUCUUCGAAGAGGUGUUGAAAUCAUCAUUGCAACCCCUGGUCGACUGAUAGAUAUGUUGGAUGCUCAACACACAAACUUGCGAAGAGUGACUUACCUUGUGUUGGAUGAGGCUGAUCGGAUGUUGGACAUGGGCUUUGAGCCUCAGAUAAGGAAAAUUGUUGCUCAGAUCCGACCUGAUAGACAGACUUUGUAUUGGAGUGCUACAUGGCCAAGGGAAGUUGAAACUCUAGCUAGGCAGUUUCUGCGCAAUCCAUACAGGGUAAUCAUUGGAUCAGCAGAUCUAAAAGCCAACCAAUCUAUAAAUCAAGUUGUUGAAGUUUUGACAGAGUCAGAGAAGUACAACAGGCUGAUCAAACUAUUGAAAGAAGUGAUGGAUGGGAAUCGAAUUCUAAUAUUCACAGAAACCAAAAAGGGAUGUGACCAAAUUACAAGACAACUAAGAAUGGAUGGAUGGCCUGCUCUGUCCAUUCAUGGUGAUAAAAACCAGGCUGAAAGGGAUUGGGUUCUGGCUGAAUUUAAAAGUGGAAGAAGUCCUAUAAUGACCGCUACUGAUGUUGCUGCACGGGGUCUUGAUGUGAAGGAUAUAAAAUGUGUGAUCAAUUAUGAUUUUCCAUCCAGCCUUGAGGAUUAUGUUCACCGAAUUGGCCGAACUGGUCGUGCUGGAGCCAAAGGAACCGCUUUUACCUUUUUUACACAUUCAAAUGUAAAGUUUGCUAGGGAUCUAAUCAAGAUCUUGCAAGAAGCAGGACAGAUUGUGAGCCCCUCUCUGUCAUCUUUGGCACGAUCUUCUGGUUCUAGUUUUGGAGGUUCUGGGGGGCACUAUCACUCCAGAGGACGAGGAGGCUUUACAAACCGAUCUUCAAUUUCAGGGUCAAAUACUAUUCCUCUUGGUUCAAGGAGGCCGUGGUAAUUUGGGUGGUGAUGUUGAUGCAGAGCAGAGGCCUGUGCUUGAAUUUGAAUAAGUUUGCUAGUUUGUAGAAUAGAAUUAAUUUGGCAAAUGUAGCUUGUUUUAUUGAUUGAUAUUGGCAUUAGCUUCAGUUACAAUAUGUAUCAACUGUUUGAUGAAACCUUACAAGAAAUUUAAUGUGAAAGCAAGUUACACAGAUAUAAA